CAGUUUUCUCCUUUCUGGUUAGCCGAGUCGUCAGGCGCUGCCCCCACUGCAGAGGAAACCCUCCCGACUGACUCUUUGCCUUUGGGCUUUACGUCCCCUCGCGCGUGACAAUUCCCGGAGCGGCGGCGAUCCCCGCCCAGCGAAGCUGUCAACCAGCGAGAGCCGGGAGAGAGAGAGAGAGAGAGGAGAAGCGGUGGAAAGGGGGAGCGCGCGGAGGCGGCGUUUGUCGUGGCUCGCGCCCGCGCGGUUCCCCGCACGGCUUGGCGCGCGGGUGCUCGAACUUCUCGGCCGCUGUCCUCGUGCCCGCGCCGGAGUUGGCGUUGAUCGCAGUGCGCUGGGGGAGCCGGUGACUCAGUUGCUCCAGGGGCAGCGAAGGGAGGCGGGAGGACAGCAACGCAAAAGGCAGCGGCUGACCCUGCGCGCUUCUGCGUCCGCGUGCUUUGCGGGGCUACGAGGAGGGGGCGGCUGCGAGCCUUGCCGUCGCAAGUCCUCCUCGGAAGGCUCCCCCUCCUCCUCCUCCUUCCCCAGCGGAACGUCCUCCCUCCCCCCCCCCUCGCCCGCCCGCCCUCUCCUUCCUCCUGGAGUCAGCGAACGUGUGAGCAGCGAUGGCGGCCGCCGGAGUCCUGGCCAAGCACGAGCAGAUCCUGGUGCUCGAUCCUCCCACCGACCUGAAAUUCAAAGGUCCUUUUACAGAUGUAGUCACCACGAAUCUUAAACUACGAAAUCCAUCAGAGAGAAAAAUAUGCUUUAAAGUAAAGACUACAGCACCUCGUCGAUACUGUGUGCGGCCAAAUAGUGGAAUUAUUGACCCAGGAACUUCAGUAACUGUAUCUGUUAUGUUACAGCCUUUUGAUUAUGAUCCAAAUGAGAAGAGUAAACAUAAGUUUAUGGUACAGACGAUCUUUGCCCCUACAAACAUUACAGAUAUGGAAGCAGUGUGGAAGGAUGCAAAAUCUGAGGAAUUAAUGGACUCCAAAUUGAGAUGUGUAUUUGAAAUGCCUAAUGAAAAUGAUAAACUGGUUUUAUCUUCAUCAAGAUCUGUAUACAUAACUCCAGCCAACAGAAACUUUCUUCAGGAGCCUGCAAAUAAUAGACAGAAGAUUGACAUGAUGGAACCAGGCAGUGAGGUCAAUCACAAGAUGGAUCAGAAUGAAAUAGAAACAAGUAAAUCUGCUCCAAUACUGAAUGCAACAAAGCAAGAUGGUCUGGUGCCAAAAUCACAUAGUGUUUCGCUUAAUGACACUGAAACAAGGAAGCUAGUGGAAGAAUGCAAAAGACUUCAAGCAGAUAUCGUGAAACUAUCAGAGGAAAAUAGACAUCUGAGAGAUGAAGGCUUGAGGCUGAGAAAGGUGGCACACUCAGAUAAACCUGGACCGUCAGGCUUGGCCCUCCGAGAUAAUGUCUCCAACCCUCUUCCUUCACUCCUUGUUGUAAUUGCAGCCAUUUUCAUUGGAUUCUUUUUAGGGAAAUUCAUCUUGUAGAAAGGGAGAGAGAAGAGAGAGAGAAGCAUGCAGAAUGCUGCUUCCUUUUUUUUCUUGGCCAGAAAAAAAAAAUUACCUACCACUUCAUUGGUAGUAUGGCCAAAGUGACCAUUUUUGUGUACAGCAUCAUACAGGCUUUGCCUCUAAUGAUCUUGCACGGUUAGACAACACGAUAAAAAGACAAACUGUUCGGCUGCUGGACAAAAUUGUAUAUUAAUUCAUUAAUAGCAGGUGUCAGUUGCACAUUCAGUCCUUUAUGAAAACUCAUAAAUAAAGAAUUGUUCUUUCUUUUUGUGGUUUUAAUAAGAGUUAAAAUUGUUCAAAGUCUUGUAAAUGUUAUUUUAAUAAUCCUUUUCAAAUUUUAUCUGUUAUUCUUGCCUCUUGGAAAGAAUGAUUAUUAGAAUGCUAAUUCGCUUGUUCAGGAAAAUGAUGAGGCAUUCUGUGGGGAAAUGUUCCUCUUAGUGUAUACAUUUUUCCCUUCACCUUACUUUGCUGAUAUCAUGGCAGAAUUUCUUACCCUUGUGAGGUGGUUGUGGAAGAAAAAAAUAAUCAUCCUGACAGCCCUGUCCCAUGGUAUUUAACAAACAAAAAAAUAAAACUGUUAACAGAC